AUGAAUGACAGCCUAUUUGUCAGUUUGGACAGACUUUUGCUAGAAUUUGUUUUCCAGUAUGAUCAAGACAUAAGAACUAAAGAAGAUCUAGUUCAACGAAUUAAUAAAUGCUUUGAAGAUAUUAAAGAAAACAAAAAAACUAUUCGUAAGAUACAUGAAACUAUAAAUGCAACAGAUGAAGAAAUUGGUUAUUACUGUAAACAUAGUAAGGAGAUCAAAGACAACUGUAAUAACUGGAAGCCAACAUGUGGUGUUUUCCAUAAACAUGAAGAUUAUAUGCAGAAUCAAUUAACAAUUUAUCAAGAAACUGUUGAAAAAGACAAAAAAAUGUAUCAUGGCUAUGUAUGCCAGUAUAAAGAUGUUUUGAAGCAAUAUCAACUAAAGUAUUUAGAAACACCUUUUUCACAUGAAUAUUAUGAGAAGAAAACAGAACAUGAAGAAAUUCAAAACAGAGUGUUGGCAUGCUCUGAACAACUAAAAAUGAAUGAAACUAUUUUUAUGGAAUUUCUAGUGCCUGCUCCCUUUCCAUCACUUACUAAAUGGACAUUACACUUGGUUAAUAUGCGAUGUAAAACACAAGAAAUUCUUAAACUUGCCAAUAAUUUUACCAAAAGUUCAUCUGAAUUGAAGACGGAAGUAGAUGAAAUGGAAAUGGAAAUUAAUUACUUAAACCGGGAGGCUGCAAGACUUUAUGAAACUAGGAAUCUUUCCAAAACUCUGGAAGAAAAGACUAACAUUAUAGAAAAGAGAACGGAAUUGAAAGAAGGGAUAUUUGAAAAAGGUGAACAAGGACUUGUAUUGGAUAAAAACCAUCAGAACAGACAAUUAUUUCUUCCUUAUGAAUCUCAGAAAUUAGUCAGACCAAUAAAGAUGCAUUCUUCAGAACUACGAGUUACAGAUAAAAAAGAAGAAAGUUCUGUGAAACUUCCCGAUAUUGACUUCAGACAAAAAGAAAAUGAUACACAGGUAUUUAGUGACUGUGCUGUGAAUAACCAUUCAAAGUGUUCACAUGUUCUAGCUACGAAAAGUUCACAGAAUUUCAUGCAAUUCAGAUUGUUAACCCCACAGAAACAAUCAAAUUGUAAUCAGUGGUUUGAAAAAGGAGAUACAGAUGCUGAAUGUGGAGAUAAAGCGAUAAUAAGACAAUUAAAAGAGUCAAAAUGUACUUCAAAAGCUACAGAUUCAGAACACUUUGGGAAGCCAAUAGAAAAUAAAAGUAAUGAAGUGGAAGAAAAGACUGAGAAUUUUCCAAAAACUCCUGAAAUUCCUCUGUCUUUACGAACUCCUGAAGCUGUGAAAACACCUGAAUCUUUGGAAAAAUUGCAGUUCCCUAAAACACCCUUAUUUGAAAUUAACAGAAAUAGAAAUAUAGUACCUGAAGGUCAAACACAAAAGGAAUCCCCUGGAUUUUCUUUUCUUUCGAGUUAUACUUCUAGAUCUCCUGGGUUGAAUUUAUUUGAUUCUUCUAUAUUUGAUUCAGAAAUCUCAUCAGAUCAGUUUAAUGAACAUUAUUCUACAGCAAAUUUAAAUCCUCUCUCAUCACAACAAGAAAUUGGAAACUUAUUUGGGAAAUCAGAAGGAGAAGAUGCUUUUACAUUUUCUUUUCCAUCAGACUCUUCAACACAUACAUUUGUAGCUGGAAAAGAUGAUUUUAGUUUUCCAUUUUCAUUUGAACAGGAUCAAAAUGUCACACACUCUUCUUUAAAAGGUUUUCCAUCUUCCUCACAAACUACAACACAAUUUACUUUUUUUUGA